UAAAUAUUUAUUAAAAUAAAAUAAAAAAGGAAGGUGGAGAAAUUAGCCCAGUGCAAGUAAUCUCCCAAGUCACAAGUUAGAUCACAACUUACAACUACCAUCACAUACAAAUAAAUUAGCGGCAAUUAUGAAAAAGGGGUUCAAUUUAGAUUAACAACCACUCAACUCUCUCUUCUUCCCUGGAUUUGACUUGUAGUUGGAGUUCGUUUUUUUUUUCUUUGCUUUUUUAUCCAAUCUUUCUUAAAACAGACGACAUAUCUCAAUAAUACCAAGACUUUGAAUCUUUAGUUUCGUGCGCUAUAUACAGAGCCAAUCACCAUGGAUGAAUCUUUUCUUCCCAAGAUUGAUACAAGACUUGGCGUUGGCGGCGAAGAUCAGCAAGAGCCUAGCAGAGGCAGAACACCAAGAAGCUCCUUCCCCUCCUCAGCUUACCUUGAUGUUGGUCCAUCCAGGCGUCUCUCAACUGCUCAGCUCCUCGCAGGCGGUGAUGUUAUUGUUCCCAUUAUCACAACACCAAAUUCUUCUUCUUAUGCCAAUCUCAUUGCCAACUUGAACAAGAACAAGAGGAGGAAGCUCAAACACCGGUCACACUCCGCGCCAUCGCUGCUUUCUGACGUCCGGGUGCCAAUUCCAGACUCUGUGGAUCCUAGGCCGUCCCCUAAAUCAACCCCUUUCAUUGUCCGCCAAGCCUUCAUCGGUGUCAUUGUGUAUGUCAUAAUUGGCAUUGUCAUAUUCUGUACAACCGGUGCAAGUUUCAAGGGCCAAGAAACCUACAAGCCUGUGGACGCUCUGUACUUCAUUGUGGUCACGCUCUGCACCAUUGGAUAUGGCGACAUUGUUCCAGAAACCACGCUUACCAAGCUCUUCACCUGUUUCUUCAUCUUGGUUGGUUUUGGGUUCAUCGAUAUCCUGCUCAACGGGUUGGUGGCGUACAUCUGUGACAGGCAAGAAUCUGUCUUGUUGAGCACCAUGGAUGAGACUAAGUUCAACAACAUGAUUCAGACGUAUAUGAUCGAUAGAGAGAAAGGAAGAAUGAGAAUAAGAAUCAAGGUGGGGUUGGCAUUGUCAGUUGUUAUUGGUUGUAUAGCUAUAGGGACAAUUGCAGUGCAUUUUUUGGAGGACAUGAGCUGGAUUAAUAGCUUCUACCUCUCUGUUACAUCAGUCACAACUGUGGGUUAUGGGGAUUUUGCUUUCAAGACAGUUGGAGGAAGGUGUUUUGCAAUUGUGUGGUUAUUGGUAAGCACAUUGGCUGUUGCCAGGGCUUUUCUGUACUUGACUGAGCUUAGAAUCGACAAGAGGAAUCGUCGAAUCGCGAAAUGGGUUCUUCAGAAGGAAGUUACGAUGAGGGAUUUAAUAGCAGCAGACCUUAAUAAUGAUGGAUGCAUCAGCAAAUCAGAGUUUGUCAUAUACAAGCUUAAGGAGAUGGGAAGGGUUGCGGAGAAUGACAUCCUGCAAAUCUGCAAGCAAUUUGAUUCUUUGGAACAUAGUAAUUAUGACAAAAUUACUCUUGUUGACCUAAUGGAAGGUAACAGGUGACUUAAUUCCAGUAUGAUUUCCUCAUGGAAAGACUGAAGCAUGAUACAGAACUUGCUCCAGCAAUUAAUGGAAGCAAACUGAGAGUGCUGAAUUUUUCAAUAUACAGGUACAUAGAAGUAGAACUAGGCACAUGAAUUUGGUGGUUUCACUCCAAAGAAGAAAAACCCAAUUCAAUUCUUUUGUAAA